ACGGGGCCCCCUACUGACCCCGGGCCCUCGGGCAGUGCCCAAGUUUCCAAAUGGUCAGUCCGCCCCUGUUCACCACCCACUAGAUCAGUGGUCUCCAAUGCAACCUGUCAGUGUCCAUCAUGCCAGCUGUCAGUGCUCAUCAGUGCCAUGUGCCAGUGCACAUCAGUGCCACAUCAAUGCCACAUAUCAGUGCCUACCAGUGCACAUCAAUGCCACAUAUCAGUGCCCAUCUGAGCUGCCUUUCAGUGUCACCCAUCAGUGCCAGUCAAUGCCACCUAUCAAUGUCAAUCAGUGCCACCUAUCAGUGCUGCCAAUCAGUGCCGCCUAUCAGUGCCAGUUAGUGCCGCCUAUCAGUGCGCCUCAGUGCCCAUCAGUGCCUUCUAUCAGUGCCAGUCAGUGACACCUAUCAGUGCCAGUCAGUGCCGCCUAUCAGUGCCAUAUAUCAGUGCUGCCUUUCAGUGGCCAUCAGUGAUGCCUGUCAAUGCCCAUCAGUGCCACCUACCAGUGCCUCCUCAUCAGUGUCCAUCAGUGCCACCUAUCAGUGUCCAUCAGUGCAGCCUAUCAGUGCCCAUCAGUGCAGCCUCAUUAGCGCACAUCAGUGAAGGAGAAAAAUCACUUAUUUAUAACAUUUUAUAACAAAAACUAAGAAAAAACAUUUUUUUUUUCAAAAUUUUCUGUGGCUUAUGGUUUAAGAAAAAAUUAA